GUGCGGGUGACAUUGUCAUUUAUUUAUACAGUUGAACUAUCCGUUCCCGUAAUCCUGCCAGUUUCAUACCACCCGGAGUGUAGUUGUUUGAAUAUGAACCAUCUGAAAGUUCCAUUUACAUAUACUUGAGGGAGGCUGCAAAUGACUCCCCUUCGCAUGCAUUUAGGUUUUUAUUUCUGAAUCGGUUUCCGUCUAGCGGGGAAAGUCUCGCCCUCUUCUAGCUUGCGUGCCACCCGUUUGAUUAUUUUCCCAACCGAAGACAUCUCUUGACAGUUCCCUCCUCAAUGUUCUGUCAUGCCAUUCUUCAUAGACUUUUAAGCCCGGCUCCAGUCUCGGCAGCCUUUGUUCCUAGAAGCUUAACCAACAUUGGCUCAGGAGUGUCUAAAGAUGACUACUUUGCAACCAUUCAUCACAUAUCAAACAUCGUACGCCGAGACAUCUAUCUAGAGAGGACCCUUAAUAAAAUGCGAAUAUCUAGCAUUGUCAACUCGGAGCUUGUUUAUCGGGUUCUUCGUUGCUGCUCCCAACAUGGCAUUGAGUCCUUCCGCUUCUUCAAUUGGGCGAGGACACAACACCCCCGAUAUGAUCCAACUACCCUUGAGUUUGAGGAGCUUCUCAAGACCCUUUCCCGAACUGCUCACUGGGAGACAAUGUGGAAGGUAGUUCUGCAAAUGAAGGCACAAAAUGUGCCUGUUUCCCCCUCAAUGGCAUCUUUGGUCAUUGAACAAUACGGGAAGCAUGGACUCACUGAUCAGGCCGUUGAUCUCUUUAACCGCCUCCACAACUUGAACUGUCUCCAAACCACUGAAGUCUACAAUUCACUGCUUUUCUCCCUCUGUGAGGUCAAGAAUUUUCAGGGGGCAUACACAUUGAUCCGUAGGAUGAUACGUAAAGGCGUCACCCCAGACAAGAGGACUUACUCUGUCCUUGUGAAUGGUUGGUGCUCUGCGGGGAAAAUGAAGGAGGCCCAGAGGUUCUUGGAGGAGAUGAGUCGAAAGGGUUUCAACCCACCUGUCCGGGGGCGAGACCUACUCAUCGACGGGUUGUUAAAUGCGGGUUAUCUUGAAUCAGCAAAGGGUCUCGUUAGGAAGAUGAUGAAAGAGGGCUUUAUACCUGACGUGGACACCUUCAAUUCUUUAGCAGAAGCGUUAUGCAAAUCUGGUGAAUCCGAUUUCUGCAUCACUCUCUUCCAUGACGUUUGUAGGUUAGGAUUGUGCCCUAAUGUUGAGACUUACAAGAUUUUGAUAACUGCGGUUUCGAAGCUGGGGAGGGUUGAAGAUGCAUUCUGGCUCUUUUACAAGUCGGUUGAGGACGGAAACCGACCGUUUCCUAGUCUCUAUGCCCCGAUUCUGAAAUCCCUUUGCCGUGGAGGCAGGUUUGAUGACGCAUUCAGUUUCUUCAGUGACGUGAGGGUGAAGGGACACCCUGCGAAUCGCCCGGUUUAUACGAUGAUGAUCAAGAUGUGUUGCCGUGGGGGGCGGUUCGUGGAAGCUGCCAAUUAUUUGGUGGAGAUGACAGAGUUGAAUGUGUACCCAAUGUCACAAAGUUUUGAUAUGGUUACUGAUGGGUUGAAGCAUUGUGGGAAACAUGACUUAGCCAAGAGGAUGGAGCAACUGGAGAUAUCCAUGAGGGGCGUAUGAUUGAGGCCGUUUAUAAAAUUGAUGAAACGAGAAAAACUGUUGCAUGAGUACAAAAGAAUGAAUGAAUACAAACCAAAACCAGUUUGACCAAAUUGUAGCUCUGUAUCCAUAUUCAGAUUGGUUGGCUGUUCGCCAAGGAAUUUGAUAUUGAGAAAUGGAUCCAUUAGUGUUGUUAACUUGUUCCUCUAUUGCUAGCUAGCUAUUGGUUCAAGAUAAUCUAGGAUUAUGGCCCCAUAAUAAUUUGAAAAAUGUGCUUGCUGCAACCAUGUCCUCUCACCGAUUUUUGUUUCUCAUCUUCUUCGGCAUUUGCUUGCAAAUUAUUAACCAGCAG